GGAUGAAAUGCUCGGUAUUAUUAUUUGUCAAAUACAAAGCACAAGAUAAUAUAAUACCUAGCCAAAGUGAAAAGAUGAAACAUUGACUUCGCCUGAAUCGACCAAUCGGACAACCCAACUGCAACCAUCCAAGGCCAUAUUCCAACUUGGACUGACCGCAUGGACUUGUUCACGGCCGACGACGCUGCAGCGCGCGGCAGGUUCUCCUUGCGGGACCGCGAAUCCCUCCAUGGACACACCAGGGCGACGCAUUAUCCGCGUGUGCACUUCAUGAUGAGUCUCUGUGGCGCCGUCAUGAUCUUGUACAUGUGCUGGCGUGUGCUUCGUGUCAUAUCCAAGCCCUUCGAUUCCGAAGUCAAAGCGAUCGUGGCUGCAGGCGGCUACCAUAACGAAGACGAGCAGUCGUGGAGUCGUUGGUAUAUGACGUGGACGAUGUCGCUGUUCCCGCAAUGGAUCUUAGAUGUCAUCGGCGGGCCGUCGUCGAUUAUGAUGAUGGCGCUGCCAACCCAUCACUAUGCCCGCCACCAUCGCCAUCUUCACAAAGCAAGAGGGCUAUCGUUAAACUCCAUUCCAGAAGACACGGAAUUUUCAGCCAGCGACAUUCCGCUCGUCGAUUCAAGGCACGCUCCGACCUAUUGUCCUCCAUGGAAGGACUUUUGACUAUCAUGAUGGACCACACGUCUACAAUUAUUUAACGAUUACACUUUUGCGCAUUUUGCCAUAAAAUACCAACUUGGUAUUACUAGUAUACUGUAUACGCUACA